ACUUCACUCAAAGGCGGCGGCGGGCGGCGGGGCUUCUCGCUCCGGCAGCGGCGGCGACAGCGGUGGCGGCUUCCGGAGUCCCGCCGCGAAGAUGCUCAAAGUCACGGUGCCCUCGUGCUCCGCCUCGUCCUGCUCUUCGGUCACCGCCAGUGUGGCCCCGGGGGCCGGGAGCCUCGUCCCGGAUUACUGGAUCGAAGGUUCCAACAGAGAUGCUUUGAGCGAUUUCUUCGAGGUGGAGUCAGAGCUGGGACGGGGUGCUACAUCCAUUGUGUACAGAUGCAAACAGAAGGGGACCCAGAAGCCUUAUGCUCUCAAAGUGUUAAAGAAAACAGUGGACAAAAAAAUUGUAAGAACUGAGAUAGGAGUUCUUCUUCGCCUCUCACAUCCAAACAUUAUAAAACUUAAAGAGAUAUUUGAAACCCCUACAGAAAUCAGUCUGGUCCUAGAACUGGUCACGGGAGGAGAACUGUUUGACAGGAUUGUGGAGAAGGGAUAUUAUAGUGAACGAGAUGCUGCAGAUGCUGUUAAACAAAUCCUGGAGGCAGUUGCCUACCUACAUGAAAAUGGGAUUGUCCAUCGUGAUCUCAAACCAGAGAAUCUUCUCUAUGCAACUCCAGCCCCAGAUGCACCGCUCAAAAUCGCUGAUUUCGGACUCUCUAAAAUUGUGGAACAUCAAGUACUCAUGAAGACAGUGUGUGGAACCCCAGGGUACUGCGCACCUGAAAUUCUUAGAGGCUGUGCCUAUGGACCUGAGGUGGACAUGUGGUCUGUAGGAAUAAUCACCUAUAUCUUACUUUGUGGAUUUGAACCAUUCUAUGAUGAAAGAGGUGAUCAGUUCAUGUUCAGGAGAAUUCUGAAUUGUGAAUACUACUUUAUCUCCCCCUGGUGGGAUGAAGUAUCUCUAAAUGCCAAGGACCUGGUCAGAAAACUAAUUGUUUUGGAUCCUAAGAAACGGCUGACUACCUUCCAAGCUCUCCAGCACCCAUGGGUCACAGGUAAAGCAGCCAAUUUUGUACACAUGGAUACUGCUCAAAAGAAGCUCCAAGAAUUCAAUGCCCGGCGCAAGCUUAAGGCAGCAGUGAAGGCCGUAGUGGCCUCUUCCCGGCUGGGCAGUGCUGGCAGCAGCCACGGCAGCAUCCAAGAGAGCCAGAAGGCCAGCCAAGCGCCAGCUCUGACCCAGGAUGGCAGUGAAGAUGUUAAAGCUAUUUCGGAAGGAGAGAAAGCUCAAGGAGGUGGGGCCCAGGUGGCAGUUGACGGGGCAGAGGCUGAGCUGAUGAAGGUACAGGCCGUAGGGGAAGUUAAAGAUGCGGAUAGAAAGGCUACCAACAUGGUGUCCAAGGCACUAGAGGAUGGGAUAAAGGCGGUUGCCCCGGAAAUAGAUGAGGGCCUAGUAGAGGAGAAGCUGAAGUCCAUGGAGGAAGCAGCAGUCCCCAAAGAAGUGCAAGAAAACCCGGCUCUGGGAUUUGGAGCUCAGCAGAAUGACGUGGUCCUGCCAGAAUACUGAUUUGGCUUCUUUCCAAACUGGAAGCCAAAUUCUGGCACUUUAUGCAUUUUGUCCUUCAGCAAGGAAGGUGUGGAAGCAUGAUAUGCACUAUAGUGAUUCUGUUUUUUGAGGUGCAAAAAAAUAAUACAUAUCUAUCAGUUGGUAAUCCUAAAUUCAUGCAUGUGACUGCUUUAUGAAAAAAUAGUGUCUUCUAUGGUAUGUAAUGGAUACCUAAUGCCGAGGAGUUAAAUUUGAAAUUGCAAGUAAACACAACAUUUAAAAACAUACAUGUUCAGGGACCAGUAGCACAUGUUGAAGUAACUAGUAAAUUGUUUUUGCUUUGAAAACCUAGUCAUCAUAAUCCUUUGGAUUUCUUCAUAAAGCAGUAAUUCCUUUGGACUCUUGCUUAACUAAUAUUAGGUAGUGCUCUAAGACGUGUUCCCAUGGCAUUCACAACAUUAUACUUUUCAAUGUGCUCAAACUGUCCAAUGUGUUCAAACUGUUUACAAGGAGAUGGUUACAGGUUAGUUUUAUGAUACAUACAAAAAAAAAAAUUCCCACUUAAAAUGGUAAGAAAUUGAAGCAUACGUAAGGGCCGUGAAACAAAAUGCCCUUAAAGCUUGUGUAGAGAAUGCUUUCUUAUUUUGUCCUUAUUUAUACACACUGUAUUACUAAUAACCAAAAAUGUUCUAUCACAAAAUCCUGCCAUUUUACAAUCCUGGAGAAAGCAUUUUACAAACUCAUGCUGAGGGAUGUACUGCUUCCUUCCCCUGCUAAUACAGUUUCUUUCUCAUGGACAACACUUAAGGUGGGCUAAAGAAAUCGAGGGAAGAAAAGGAGCUAAGCGCUGGACUUAACUCUCACAAAGGUUGACUGCUUGUCAUUUUCAGAUAAAAUUGGAUUUAUUCAUGAGUUUCUACAACUUUAAAGACAGUGACCUUUUUAUGGAUAAACUCUACUAUUACCAAGUUUCAUAUAUUUAGAAAAAUCUACCCCAUAGGCUGGUGCCAGAAUGUCUGAAAAGAGUGAGAAUAAUAUUCCAUUAUAAGAUCGUUCAUUAUUGAUUUUACUAGAUUAAGGAACCUUGUUUAUGAAAGUCCUUUUUUCCUUCAAUUGAUGGUUAUCUAGAUAUAUUGCUUAUGAACUAAAGAUAUUUCUGAAAAUCUGUCAUAUCUUUUUUUCAUGCUUGGAAUAGAAGUGCCCAAAUUUUACAAUGUAGUUUUUAGUUUCCAUGCCAAGAAAUUUAAGACAGUGCAACGUUUUGUUUACCUUAAAAAAAAAAAUGAAAAGAAAGCACUGAUUUCAAAUCAGACUCAUGAGAAGCUGUAACAUUAGACCUAAUACUUCACCAUGAUGUUUUUUCAAAGUAUUUUUCUUUGAUUUUCAUAUGAACACUUUCCCCCUAUAGAAAUCACACUUAAAUUCCAAGUACCUCGUAUUUAUUUCUAGUUUGAGUUGAAGUGAACGUUUUUAUCGAUUUAUGCCUCAUUUUAAGUUUUCCUCAGUUUUAAAAAAGGAUUGUUCUCAAAGACCAAAACGAUGACAGUAAAAAUGACUGUCACAGAAAAGUCCUCAUCAAAAAAGAUCUUAAAUUCUUUUGGCUCUUUCUCAAAACUAUGAAAUUGGAAAACGAAAUUAAAUCUCCGGUUCCUGGGGGGGCUACUGGACCUUGGGAGACAUUCUGCUUUCCAAGUGCAAAUCUUCCUUUACUACUGUUCUCAUGAAAAGAAAAUAAGGUAGGACUUCUCAUCACCCAUAGUUUAGGGGCCUGGCAGGUCAUCAACAUGGACAGAGGAAAAAGCCCUUAAGGGCACAUCAUCUGGGCUCAGAAGAAUAUUUUUUGUUUUGAUUUAUUUUUAUUAGCUAGUAGAGAGUACUUGUCCACUUCCCCCAUUUCUUUCCUUCCCUCUUUAUCCUCUCUCAGAAUUUCCAUGUUAGUAAUUGUAAAGGGCUCACUAUUUUUAACCUUUAAGAAUGCCUUUUUCACUAAGCAUUAACAUUUCCAUGUAAGAAGAUCAAUUGCCUGGUGUACUUUUCCUAAUGAGACUUAACAGGCAUACAGGGUAAGUGUCCCAUAUAUUGGAAAAGGAAAGAAGAGAGGGAAAUGCAUUGUCUUAGAAGUGGCAAUUAGUUGGAAGAUCAGUACAUACUGCCCCUCCUGGCCCACCCCCACACUGUUCCAAGGGUGGGCAGUUGUCCUAUCAUUCCAUCGCUCAGGCCUGACUGCACCGCGGCGCCCUGUGUAGCAGGAGCCGUGAAGAAAGACAAUCUUGAAUUUUUUUCCCAUUUUAAAAAAGUCUAAUUGGAAUCCUACUGGUUUUUUCAAACUAAAAGAGCUCAUUUAUCCCACAAGUACAUAAAUGAGGUAGAAAUUAGAAUGAUUGUAGAAGUUAUCAUCUAGAACAAGUGCUAUUACUCCAUUGUAUAAUCAAUAUGAAAACUUAAUGAGAUAUUUUGAAUUUUGAAUUUUUAUACUAAGUUUUCAAAAUCAGGAGUAUAUGUUAUACCUUUAGUACAUCAAGUGCUCAAUAGCCACAUGUGACUAGUGGCUAAUGUAUUGGAACGAAACUGUUCUACAGUACUUCUUAAGCAAAAUGACACAUGGAUUCCUAUGCUUGGAUUUGAGCUGCUUCAGUUUCACAUGGAUGAGCCUAGGAGGCCAAAAAGAAAAUGGUUCAAAAGUGUCAUAGACUAAAAUAAGUAAAAACUCUUGGCCACAUCUGCUUAAUCAUGUGCUUCAAAGGGAUGUUUCCCAACAUGACUUUUAGAAAACAGUACUUUCCUGGGCAUUGCAAAAUUGUCUGUUGGCUAUAGUCCCUCGAAUCCCUCUUUGGGCCCUGGAAUCUUGACCACCGGCUAGAGUCUCCUGAGUACUGUCAUAAAGUCAAUAGUAUUCUUGUGUAUGAAAAUUUACUGUGAGCCAACCAUGGGUCCCCGUUCGGGAGGGACUGCGCAAAAAAUGUUAAUAGGAUUUUGUAGGGCUAGACUAAGCUGGGCAUCAUUUUUUAACAAGCAAUUUUUCUUUCUACAAAUCUACUGAAACAUACUAAAUUUACUAAAUGAGGGUGAUGAUAUCAUCCCAGUAACCCCCAAAAUGGGAAUGACCACUGGCUGGCAUUUUUUAGAUUUCCUUAGAACGAUUUAAUCAACACUGCCAUUAUACAUGGAUUCAAAAGACUUAGAAUGUUCUUACAUACUGCUAUUUUAGAGUAAUCCUCAAGGUUCUAUAGCCAUUUUUAGUGGCAAACUUAAAAAAGAAAGGAGUAACUUGCCUUUUACUGUGACCUCAAUUACAUAGUAUCUUAAGCAUAUUUUGUAAUUUAGAAUGUCUAGCAACCCCUAUUUCCAGUUUCACAUGCAAGGUAACUGCUGGUGGGCUGCCUACAAACCGAAGAUUUAGAGAGAGCCAUUUUGUCUCAUAAUUCCGUUUUUAUUUCACAGAAGCAUCUGGUUGCAUUUCAAAUUGGAAAAGAGAAGUAAAUGCCAGAAAAGGCAAAGAAUAAAAUUAGUAAAACAUUUAUUCGAUUUUAGGAUUGUUCUUGCAAAGCAAAUGAAAAAAGAAAAAAAAAAGAAAAGUCAACGAAGUGAAUCAGCACUAGGUUUUUCUGGAUGAAGGUUGACUUCACAUAAAAUUGAAAUAAAUAUACUGAGCAGAGUCAUUUACAUAACUACAGUGCCAUUAUGUAAUUUACUUGUCAUUGCAGAGUAUUCAGUCUGGUUAUGUAGGUCUUCUUUAGAUGGUGCAAAGUUUCCAGACAUUUGCCUACAUAAUAGGAUUUGUAAUAUCCUUGCAAUUACUAUCUAUUAGGUCAUAUUCCAAUUUCCUUAAUGUUCAUCAUGGAUAUGUUCCUCAUAUUAGGGUCAUUGCUAACAUCUGAGCAUUUACUGGUUAAGUACUGCUUAAUGGCUAGACUCUAUGUAUGUCAUCUGUGUUUUUUAAAAACAUUUAUGUGCAUGUAAACACAAUAUUGGCAUUAUAAUAUUCAUAAGCAUAUGAUAAGCAGAAAUGUACCCAAUAACUUUCUAUACAUUUUUUUCAAAGUUCUUUUCUUCCCCUGGCACAACUCAGGGUGAGUUUCUGGCUCCUUGACAAAUAAGGAAAAAAAAAGACCACUGGAGAGAUACCAGCUACCCACCAUGUUUACCAAGCUCAGCAUUUCCUCCUUCUACAUUUUGAUCUACUAAGGGCCAGUUUUUGUCAUUAUUACUCCGUUCAAAUAUCACCUGAGAUCAGAUAAUAUAAUCUCAGCUCACAAAGCCCAACCAUUUAUGUACUUACCUUGGAGAGCAAUAACAAACUUGACUAAUUUAUGUUGGCUUGUUUAAAAUUCCAGUUUUCAUAAAUGUUUGUGAUAUAUUCUAGAGGAUUUGAUUGCAUGAUUUUAACUUCUUUCAAGAAUCAGCCUUUUCCCUUUCACGUGGCCCAGAGGUCCACAUAGAGCAAGAUGGAAGCCUUGAAUGAGAGCGGACCAUCUGACUCCUUUGCAGGAAUCAGACAUUGUUCAGAAGACUCCAGGUGUGUCUGACCUGGUUGAGCUCAGAUGAGCCAAAUGGAAAGAAACCUCUUCCCAUGCUCUGACUGAAAGUGAUGUUAUUUGAAUAUUGGUAUAUUCCCGUUAUUCAGUAAUGAAAAAAUGGGACUCCACCAGUCAGUUACUCUUUCCCGUGUCUUGGUUUGCUAACACCUUUCCCAAAUCAAUGUUUUGUUCCAUCCUUCUGGCCAUCAGGUUGCUCUCUCAGCUUGUGAGAUCUUCUAAAACCCUGGAAGGAGGAUCCCGGACUUGUUGGAGAAAUGCGGGGCCCUUGGUGGCCCAGAGUUUAGUUUGAAACUAAACAAUAAUGCUAAGGCUACAAAAUCAUGCUUGUUCAUUUAAUAGGUGUUUUCAGCACAUUUUGAAGAUUGACCUGGAAAACCCAUGGAUAUGAAAUGGUUACAUCUGUGUAAUCUUUGCUAUGACUCAUUGUUUAAAAUGACAGGUAUUUCAUCUUCAGUCAGUUGAAAAUAAUAUUUAUUUUCCAUUUAAAAGAUUAUUUGGGGGCACUCAAAUACAAUAGGCUUCACAUUCGAAUUUUUGAAAGCUGUUGUUUUCCCUAAGUGCUCUCACUCUCUGACCAUCAGUUGUGGAUAAAAAUUUAUUAGGUUAGUCCUUUCUUUGUCCUUUCCUUGAACCAUGUAUAGUAGUUCAUCUGGUUUGUAAAGGAUGUAAGUAUCACUAUAAAUUGAAAACUGUCAUCUUAUAACUGCCUCCUGUUAACCGGACCUAUUUUAUCGCCUAUCAUGCAGCGACUCACGGUAGCAUAAGGUACAAAUAGCAUAUUCAUGAGCGAUGAUUUUUACUUUUUAUUGUCAAGGUUAUUACUUGCGUUAGAAGUUCUCAAGGUGUUUCUCUUCGUACACCCUUAGUCUCAGUAUUAUUUUCAUGGUCCUCCCAAAGCCAAAAAAUUUAUCUAACAUGUCCAUUUACUAAGUAGUUAGGCCCAAACAACACAAUAGUAGUAUUGCAUUCCAUAUCUGAUAGAUGUGGCUGUGUUUCCCUGGAAAUUUUAAAAUUUCUUGUGAGUUCACUGAGUGGCAAUAGCUGACAGGGGUUUAAGUAAUUCCUUAUGCCCAGUGAACUAAGGGUAUCAGGCAAAGGGUAUUAUUACUAGUACAUGAGUUAGAAGUUACUGUUUAUACUUUCUUAUUUGAAUAUCAAUCAUUCUUUUAUCUAUGGUUUUUAUGAUAUACAUAUAAAACUUAUAUGCACAUUUUUUAAAAAGCAAUUUCCCCAUCAUUACCCAAGGAAAUACAUUUAAAUCUCCAAAGAACAAUUUUCGGGAAUCAGGCAAACUAUGGUUCAUAGACCAAAUCCACCAGAGGCCUGUUUUUAUAAAUAAAGUUUUUAUUAGAACACGA